UUUUCUUUUUUCAUUUUACAGGUGGAAUAUCCAAUUGAUAUUUCUUAUGACGCAGAUCAAAAUUUCAAAAGGUGGAAAUACACAACAUAUAACUUCACCCUAGCAGCAUACUGGUCACCAUAUUUGGUCACAGUUAAAGAAUCAGAUCCUGAUGGUCCUAGCCAUACCGGACUUUUCAACCUUUAUCUUGAUGAACCUGAUCCAAAAUGGGCUAGCCAAAUUGAACAGUUUGAUUAUUUGAUCUUCAAUUCUGCCCAUUGGUUCACAAGGUGUAGUGUCUACUAUGAAAAAAAUCAAAUAAUUGGGUGCCGUUACUGUGGACUACCAAAUGUUACUGAAGUCCCAAUCAAUUAUGCCUAUCAAAAAGCACUUAAAACAACUCUAAAAGCCAUAAAUAGUUUAGACAAAUUUAAAGGUGUUACUUUCCUUAGGACUAUUGCACCUUCUCAUUUUGAAGGUGGUGAAUGGAAUAAAGGUGGAAAUUGUGUGAGAAAAAGUCCAUUUAGAAGCAAUGAGACAACUUUGGAUAGUAUAAGUUCGGAAUUUUACAAGACACAAGUUGAAGAAUUUAAGGUAGCAGCUGAGGAAGGGAAGAAAAAGGGUAAAAGGUUCAGAUUAUUGGACAUGACACAAGCAAUGUGGUUGAGACCAGAUGGUCAUCCUAGUAAAUAUGGGCAUUGGCCAAAUGCUAAUGUGGUUUUGUAUAAUGAUUGUGUGCAUUGGUGUUUGCCUGGUCCUAUUGAUACUUGGAGUGAUUUCUUGCUUCAUAUGUUGAAAUUGGAGGGCAGGAGAGCCCUUGAGGAAAAACUUCAACUGAAAUAAGGGGUUUAAAAAAAAAAAGGCUACCCUCAUUUUUUUAUUUUUGAACAAAUUUUUUUAUAAAAUUGUUGAUUUGAUUUAAUUUAAA